GUGAAAUCGUGUGAUAUCAUUCCGGAAUAAAAACAAUAUCAGGCAGUAUUAAUGUUUAUUUUAUUUGGAUUUCAAAUUACGCAUUGAAAUUCUGCCGAAAUUCUGCUGCUUCCGAGUUUCUUGCUCUGUGGAGUCUAACUUACAAUGGAUCCGCUUAGAGAGACCAUUUUGAUGGAUAAAUUCGACAGCAUACAAGAAAAACUAAUAAAUCAAAUAGUUACUACCUACUUUGUUGGAGUAUAUACGAUCUGCAGGGUUUUGUACCGAUCAAAGUUAUCAAAAAAUCCAACGCUCAACAUACAGACAUCGUUACCGUUUGUGGUGGUUGCCCAACGACAACCGGAUAUUUGGUUCAACAAACCAAUGGCAGCAGCUAUCGAGCUGGGGUGCACGGUGUUUGUGCUAGAUGAAGAAGCAACUCUUCCGUUCCUCGAAAACUACAUUACGAUGCACGACGACACCAUCUUCCGCAGGCCGGAAAAAUAUAUUAUGAUUGUCCUCCAAUCUACUGCUCCAAAAUCUGAAGAUCUGCUGAAGGAAAUUCAAACCCAUCCAACAAUACUGGAGGUUACAAAUCUGCUCAUAAUAAAACCUCACGGGAACGCCUUCGAUUUUAUAACCCAUCGAUACGUAGGCAACCCACCGGAAGCACUGGAUUUUCUACGGUUAGACUCGUUUUUCCCCGAAAAUGACACGUUUUUGGAAGGGAACAACCUUUUUCCAAAUAAGUAUGAUGAUUUGAUGGGUAAGACAGUAAAGUUGGCAUCCUUCCAUUUGCUACCAUGGGUGAUGAUGCGUCAAGUGGAUGACGGUAUUGUGCGAUACCUGAACCAAUCGCACACCAUCGAUGGACUGGACGGAUAUAUUCUGAUACAAUUCUGUCUGUGGUAUAACUGCACGUGGGAUCUGUCCGUUGAUCAAGACUACCAGUACGGGCAAGCUUUCGAGAACCGCACCGGGAACGGAAUGAUCGGGGCGCUGGUCGAGCGCAAGGUAGAUUUUGCACUCGCGGCUGUUGGUGGGUGGUAUCAACUAUUCAAGUUCUUCAGCUUCUCGACACCGGUUCAGUGGAUUGGAAUCACCUGCCUUGCGCCCAGACCAAAACUUAUUCCAUCUUGGACCAUCAUUUUUCUCAUGUUCACGAGAACUGUUUGGAUCAUGAUUUUAGUUGCGAUGAUCAUAAGUGCGCUAUUCGAGUACCUAAUGCCUAACGAGAUUGGAUCGUGGUCAACUGGGCCUCGAAGUCUAUCACGAAGUUUCAUCACCGUUUUCAGUACUCUUCUUUUGCUACCUGCUUCCUUAAGACGAAGUCGAGCCUCCGAGGUUAUGUUUUCUGUAACUCUUCUUAUGUUUAGUCUAGUUGUUGGCUAUGGGUACCUGGGCAAAACCCAUAGCAUCAGAGCGUUUCCACUUUUUGAACCACCCAUAGAUACCAUACACGAUUUGGCCAUAAGCAAUUUGCCAUGGAAUGCUCCCCAUGAAGCGUGGAUUUAUGCCUUAAUAGGAACAGAAAACCCGUAUGUUCAAAAGAUCUUGACCACUUUUCGUGUUCCUCCAAUCGAAUCCCUUCGUGCGAUUGCGAAUGAGGGCACAGAAGCCCUCAUAAUGGCUGUACUACACUACGGCCACUAUAUGGUGGGCACCUGGUUUACAGGUGAGAACAUCGAAAACUAUCGGCUUAUGACUGAGUAUGUAUACUUCGAGUACGACACCGGCUAUGCAACCAAAACCUGGCCACUAUUGGAUAAGUUCGACUACCUAGCGAUGUGGAUUCGGGAUGCCAGUCUCUAUCAGUACGUUGAAAUAGUUGAAGUGUACCGUUAUAUGAACUAUCGGGUACAGAUUUCAAUUGAGCAUUCCAGAGAUCGACAGCAGAGUGAAUUGUUGCCGUUAGCUGUGGGAGACAUAGGUGGUGGUUUGGUCAUGCUGGCCUUUGGAUAUUUGGUGGCAUCUGUUACAUUCGUGGUCGAAUUGAUCACCAAAUCUUUGGAAAGGAAGACGAUUACUAAACAAAUUGUACAAGAAUGGAAAGCGCAAGUCAUAAACAGCAAACGGCUUACAUCAAUUGCUGAACGGGUAGCAAAUAAAUGACAAUUACAGGUGUUCAA